AUGGAAACCGACCUGUUCUUGGAAAGCCAGAGCUCCUGGCUCAGCACCUGCCCCCUAGCGCAGCAUUGCGCGCGUGGCAAGCGGCGCUGUGCAGCAAUUUUUGAAUGCAGCGCAUCCUUCCACAUCAGCUUGUCGGAGCAGUAUUCUGCCCAAGCUGCACUGAAUGGUGCCAAGGCGGAGGACGCAGUUUUCAUCAGGCUGGGGUCCUGCAGCGGUGCAUCACUACCGAGUGAGCAGCAGCAGCAGCAGCAGCAGCAGCAGCACCAGCACCAGCAUCGGCCUGCCGAGCCUGCUGUCCAGCUGCGUGUGCGCAUGCAGCUUCAGCAAACGCAGCAUGAGAGUGAAGGCGACGCCACCUGCAGCCACACGGCCCCGUCAUUCGCGCUGUGCUUCUUCACUGGCAACCAGCAGUCACGGCAGCGGUACCUCGACCCUUCCAAAGUGCGCGCGGUGGUGGCAUCCCCGGGCGUGCACGCACGCGCAGCACGGCUGGCUGGCGGUGCACCGGCGGCGCUGAUCCUUUCUGAGGCAGCAGCCACACAACAGCAGCAGCAGCAGCAGCAGCAGCAACAGCAGCAGCAGCUAGAGUUUGUGACUGUCGUCCUGCCACAUGUCUGCCUCGACCUCUUCACUCGCCACGACGGCUCCAAUGCUGACGGCAGUGGCACGGAACGCGUGGCAGCGGUGGAGGGGCUAGCAGCGUUCGCUGCCUCGCUGGCUGACGAGGCGGCAACACAGCGUGCCAUGGUGUGCACCUUGCAGCAGCAGCAGCAGCACCAGCAGCAGCAGCAGCAGCAGCAGCAGCAGCCCCUGCAGGGCGCCGUGGGUGGCGCGGAGGGCGAGCGGCGGGCGCUUGACAGGCAGCUGGCGUGGGCGCGGCAGGUGGCAGCAGCGGGGGAGCUGACGCAGCAGCUCUGCUACUCAGACGGUCCCGUGCGCCACAUGCUGCAAGCGUUGGUGAGCUGGCUGGGACACCUGCAGGCCCAUCUUGCUCAGGGCGUGCCAUAA